UUGAGGGCGUUGGGCGGCUGGGCUGAUGACUUCUUCUUCGUCACCCUUGUCCUCGCCCUUGUCGCUGGAGCUGCUGCUGCUGCUGGACUUCUUCUUGAGAUCGUCGGCAUCCUUGGCCUUCUCUUCGAGAUCGUCGACCUUCUUCUUGAGUUCGGCAACUUCGGCUGGGUCGGCCUUGGCUUCGUCUUCGUCCUUGCCGGAGCAAACAACUGGGGCAUCCUCGGCGGCGGACUCGGCAACUGGUGUAUCGGCAAGCUUCUUCUCGAGAUCGUCAACGCGCUUGGCAAGCUCUGCAAGAGCUGGUGUGUCUUCGUUCUCGAGGGCCUUGAGGGCGGCUUGGGCGGCUGGGCUGAUGACUUCUUCUUCGUCACCCUUGUCCUCGCCCUUGUCGCUGGAGCUGCUGCUGCUGCUGCUGGACUUCUUCUUGUCGGCAAGCUCCUUAAGCUUGUCUUCGAGAUCGUCGACCUUCUUCUUGAGAUCGUCGGCAUCCUUGGCCUUCUCUUCGAGAUCGUCGACCUUCUUCUUGAGUUCGUCGGCAUCCUUGGCCUUCUCUUCGAGAUCGUCGACCUUCUUCUUGAGUUCGGCAACUUCGGCUGGGUCGGCCUUGGCUUCGUCUUCGUCCUUGCCGGAGCAAACAACUGGGGCAUCCUCGGCGGCGGACUCGGCAACUGGUGUAUCGGCAAGCUUCUUCUCGAGAUCGUCAACGCGCUUGGCAAGCUCUGCAAGAGCUGGUGUGUCUUCGUUCUCGAGGGCCUUGAGGGCGGCUUGGGCGGCUGGGCUGAUGACUUCUUCUUCGUCACCCUUGUCCUCGCCCUUGUCGCUGGAGCUGCUGCUGCUGCUGGACUUCUUCUUGUCGGCAAGCUCCUUAAGCUUGUCUUCGAGAUCGUCGACCUUCUUCUUGAGAUCGUCGGCAUCCUUGGCCUUCUCUUCGAGAUCGUCGACCUUCUUCUUGAGUUCGUCGGCAUCCUUGGCCUUUCUUCGAGAUCGUCGACCUUCUUCUUGAGUUCGGCAACUUCGGCUGGGUCGGCCUUGGCUUCGUCUUCGUCCUUGCCGGAGCAAACAACUGGGGCAUCCUCGGCGGCGGACUCGCACUGGUGUAUCGGCAAGCUUCUUCUCGAGAUCGUCAACGCGCUUGGCAAGCUCUGCAAGAGCUGGUGUGUCUUCGUUCUCGAGGGCCUUGA